AUGGAUUAUGACGGGGACUGGCAAAAAGAAUAUCAGAUUUUGCAUACGAGUUUAAUCAUUAAAAAUGACUCAGAAGGACUACCAAAAAUAAAUUGCGUUCUUCGAAAACAACUAGCUGAGAAGAUAUUGGAUGAAAUCGUGCAGAAAGGCAAAAUUCUGAUAUCAUCACCACCAUUUUUAGAAAAGACAGCGUUAGCACAAUUAGUUGAAUUAGUCGCUAUUAAACAAAGAGUUGAU